UUAAGAUAAGAAAAUUGAUAGAAAGAAACGUAAAAGUAUAUUGAUCGAGUGAAUCACGAAAGCUUCGAUCGAUCGUUUAUUUUUUUUCAUUCGUACUUCAAACUUUUAACAGUUUCGCCAUUGUUUUUAAUAAUUUUUCGUUGGAUAUUGAAGCUGUCGAGAGUAUGAAAGAACACUGAUCUUUACGAGUUUCGAAGUUUUUUGACGCUGAAAUACGUGUUUUCCUUGGAUUUUUCAAUUGGUACGUGGACGAUGGAUUUUUGAAGAAAAAAAUCGAGCGUUUCCUGCUGAUCCACAAACGUGAGAUGUUUAGCAAACUCUUAUUGAGUUUUUGGAUACUCAGAUGCAUCAGCCUUUAUGGAGAUCCGGCGGUUGCACAAGAAUGGCCGACACCUCUCGACGAGUCCGCGGACGAGAAAAACGAUGCCGAAAUAUUUCGAGCGGUCGUCGAAUCAAUGAGACAGUGGACUUUGCACAAGAAAUUGCAUCACAGGACCAGGAGAGAGGUAUCGAAAGUCUGCUACGAAGAUGUUGGCUGUUUCGAGGACACGGGGCCCUUCAGUUAUCUGGAAAUGUUACCUUCUCCGCCCAAAGAUGUCGGCACUAGAUUCCUGGUGUACGGUAGCAGGAAGGCGAGGUCGAUCCCGAUGGAGGUUCCUGCCGACGAUAUAAACGACAAUGCACACCGUGCCAUAGAUCCUGAUUUACCCACCAAAGUAAUCGUACACGGAUUUGGGUCCAGCUGUGACCACGUAUGGGUUUACGAGAUGAGGUCUGCACUGAUGACGGUGCACGAAUGUAAUAUAGUAUGCGUCGACUGGGGUCCAGGAAGCGCAGUCCCUAAUUACGUAAGGGCGGCAGCCAAUACUCGUUUAGUUGGUCGACAAUUGGCCAAACUAGUAAGAAGCUUGAACGUGCCUUUGGAGAAGGUUCACCUGAUCGGUUUCAGCCUCGGCGCUCACGUUGCCGGAUUCGCUGGAGCCGAAUUGGGCAACGUAUCCAGGAUCACAGGGUUAGAUCCAGCAGGGCCGUUAUUCGAAUCCCAGGAUCCAAGAGCUAGACUCGAUAAAACAGAUGCGAAUUUCGUUGACGUUAUACACAGCAACGGUGAACAACUGUUGCUCGGUGGUUUGGGUUCUUGGCAGCCUAUGGGUGAUGUAGAUUUCUAUCCUAAUGGCGGCAGAAUGCAAACUGGAUGCUCGAAUCUAUUUCUUGGCGCCGUUUCUGACAUUAUUUGGUCAAGCGCAGUCGAAGGUAGAUCCUUGUGCAACCAUCGACGAGCCUAUAAAUUAUUCACCGAUUCCGUCAGCCCCAAGUGUCGGUUUCCAGCGUUUCCUUGCGACAACGGGUACGAUGGUCUUCUUCGAGGCGAGUUCCCUUGCGGAGCGAAUGGCAAUGGCAAACCCUGCGGCGACAUGGGCUAUUACAGCAACGAGUCACCUGCUAGAGGUCAACUUUAUCUGGUAACCAGAGACGAGGAACCAUUUUGUGCUCACCAGUAUCAGGUAAAGGUGUACAACAGUCACAGCGAAAGACCUACUAGGAGUUAUGGAAAAUUGCAAGUGACCUUGGUUGGAGAUGGAUCUUUCAAUGACACGUUCGCGAUGACCAAGAAGGAUGAAGAACUUAUGGUUGGAUCUGUGCUUCAGAAGAUUGUCGUCCCACAUCCUGCAAUCUUUGAUGUGGAAGCUAUUGAGAUCAAAUACACAGCAUAUAGUGGUUGGAUCUCGUCAGGUUUGGUGUCCUGGAGCAUCGACAAAUUGGCUAUAAUCGACAGCUUCGGGAAAACUCUUUCCGUCUGCAGGAAAGGUUUGAGCUUAGAAUCCGGCAAACCUGUCUAUCUUCCCUUAUUCUCUGGCGAAUGCAAUGUUCCCAGUGAAUCAGAUAAUUCAACUUCACCAAAUUUAGAACGUAUAGUGCAAGACAAGCAAGAUGGUGGCAUAGGUCCAUUCACGAAAGAGCAAAAUUACGAGCAAAAAGACAGUUACUCGAUAGAAACAUUGUCCAAAGAAAAAACCACAGCAUCUUUAUCUUCAUCAAAAGGUGUGGGUCCCUUUACCAAGGAUCAAAAUCUACGGAUAAUCGAAAGUAAAGAGAACUUCAAGUCCAACAACUUCGAGGAUCUAGGCAAUCGUCGUAGCAACAAUCCUUGGAACAUAAUAGACAUAUCUAGCGAUGGUGAUUCGAAUUCCUUGGAAAAUUCUGAUUCUGAAAAAGGCAGAGGUUUCUCUAGCUCCAACUUGUUCACCAAGACUUCAUCUCCCCAUCCCUCUGUGGAACCAUCCACAGAGUUUCUUCCAGAGAUUCGAGAACCAGUGUUGCAAGUGGACAAAAAGGAAACAGGAAGGUCUUUGAAAUUCCCAGAAAUAACUGAACCUAUUCUGAGGCCACGUUCUGCGAGGCAGAAUACCAGAAAUGAAGUGCACAAGCAGGACGAAAUGCAACAGGAGACUUUAUCAACUUCUAGAGGCUUUACUGUACAAUUCUUGCCUGAGAGGUUGGCUGGUAUAUUGGCACAGGCUGAAAGAUACGCCAGGCAAACUCUUCUUCCUUUGAUUUCUCAAUAUACGCCUAGUUUCGUGAGUGGAUCCAGGUACGAGGAACCCAAGUAUUUUCCACCUUUGGGCGAGAUCGCCACGGAGAAUUAUAAAGGAUCUGGUGAAUUGAGUAUGAAUAAUGGUCAACAGAACAUUUCAACAAAACAUAAUCAAGAUAAUCAAACGAGUGGAAAUAAUGAAACUGGCUUUAAGGAAGAAAUGAAAACUAAGAGUCAUUCUGAUAUUACACAGGUAAUACCUGCGGUUGUAGAAGUGAUUUAUCCGGAGAAAGAUGUGAAUUCAAGUACUGCUAUGGAAAGUAACGAAUGGGUACCCAUAGAACCAUUCACAUUGGGUAGUCCAUCUACGUCUAGAAAGGAUUUGAACGUUUCUAGAUCUCUGAAUUGGGAACGCGAGAGAUAUAAUUGGUCCACGCAAACUGAAAACAGUAGUUUGAGAUCAAAGAUAGACGAUUGGGUACCUAUUACUGUCAAAAACGAAAUUCAGAUUAGUAGUGAAUCUUCGAAUAAUGUUUCUAACGAGAUUAGUUCGACCCAUGUAGUCACCGACAAACAGAUUGAAUUUAGUCAGAUGGAAGCUGCAACCGUAAAGGAGUUUAGAAAUAAUUCUGAGGCUGUCACUAAAGAUGAGAGGAAAUAUAUACCUCUGACUGAUCCUGACGUGAAGGAAUUAUCGUCAACGAGCUCGAAUGACAUCUCGGAAACUAAUUCUUCGAGUACCUCCUCGCAUUCACCUUAUUCUCAUAUUCAGAAGAUUCCUAGGCCUAAGAAUACGAGAAAUAGUAAAGUUGGAAAUUUGACGAGAAGAACUAUGGUCUUCCCUUAUGCAUAUGAGAAGAACAAAGAUCCUAGAACUAGAUAUAUACCUUUGAUUCCUGAAGAAGAUUUGAAAAGGCCUCAUUUUCCUAUGGAGAGGAAACGUUGAAGAGAAAUGGAAGUUUAUAUUUUUUGAGAAUUUGUGGAACAGAAUUUGUGGAACUGUUGUUGAAAGUUUUCUUAUUGACUUCUUUCGUUGUUUGUAGAGAUUGAUUAAUUGUUACGUUUACCAGGAUUCUAGAAUCCUAGAUACAUACAUUUUAUUCCUGAAGACUUAAGAAGGCCUCACUUUUCAU